AUGAUUGAAUAUGCCAGGCCUUGUACUGGGGAACCUUUUUAUGAGUGUUUCGAAGAAAUAUCGCUUAAAAAUGCUGUACUUACCUACAUGUCGUUCUUAAUACUGAAUCUUCUUGGAAGACUCCAGGACUUCCUACGCAAAUACGGUUUUCUUAACAACCCUUCUGCCAAAGAAAAAGAACUAACAAAGUCAUUUGUUCCACUGUAUUCGGACUAUGAAGCCUUUUAUACAAGAAAUCUUUAUCGACGUGCUCGUGACUGCUGGAAUCGCCCCAUUUGUUCUGUACCAGGACCGGAAAUGGUGCUGAUGGACCGUAUCUCAACAGAUAGUUGUUGGACAUUUACCAUGACUAAUACGACCACAAAAGUGUUGAACUUUGGCUCUUACAAUUACCUCGGAUUUGCCGAGACAUCCGGACCUUGCAUCGACGCCGAUGUAAAGUCCAUCGAGAAAUAUGGGCUAGGAUUGGCCAGUUCCAGACUUGAGGUUGGUACACUUGACAUUCAUGAAGAGUUGGAAAAACUUGUCGCUGAAUUCGUUGGUCAAGAAGCAGCCAUCGUCUUUGGUAUGGGAUUUGCAACCAAUGCCCUCAACAUGCCCCGCAUUUUUGAUAAGGUCAGUAUUGUGGCCUUUCUUACCUGUCAAUUCAUUAAUAGAGCAAUUUGCAAAUAUCGAUUCCUAAGUAAUUAG